AACAGUUGCACUAUAAAAUAUAGUCUGUUAACGAUAAGAUGGUGCGCUUUUAUAGUAUUGUUUUUGUUGCCAUUUUAAUUACCAGCGUGAUGGGAUUCUAUGUUUUUGAUGAAAACGGCAAUUCAGGGAUGUCACGGUGUGAUGAUAUCGCAAUAAUUGGAGCGGGGGUCACCGGAAGUUAUGCUGCAUGGCGACUACGUCAAAGCGGUCUUAAAAUAUCAAUGUACGAGUACUCGAACCGCAUCGGCGGACGCUGUUUCACUGUACAACUUCCGGGCAUAUCGGAUGUGAAUGUUGAAAUGGGAGCAAUGAGGUUUUUACCAGAUGAUCACCUUUUAGUUAACAAGACCGUGAGCGACUUAGGAUUAAACAUUGUUGACUUUGAGCUAGGGGUAGGACCAAGUGAAGAUUCGUUGUACUAUCUAAGAGGAAGGCACAUGAAAUACAACGAGCUCCCGACACAUGCACCUUACAAUCUUCCACUAGAAAACCGCGUUGAUCUAAAAACACUUAAUUGGAAUGUGUUUAAAAAUUUCACAGUUUCAUCUCAAAAUAGAGACGUCCUUCAAUCGCUGGACGGCGUGGACUUGUAUAUGCAAAGCCGAGAUAUGUAUAUGGCAAAAUAUCUGGACAUAGAAACCGCACAUUAUAUCAGGGACAGUGACAGCUUCAUCCAAGGACAUGGUCCAGAUGUUGCUGCGGCCAAUAGUCUUCCAACUAGUGAUCCAAGUGUGCCUUCCCCAAGCCCAAGGGUUGUGAAAACAGUCCAAGAAGGUUUCCAGGCUAUUCCAAUGGGACUUGUUGGACAAUUUCUCCAAGCUAGUGAUAAGCACAGUUUGUACUACAAUCGCCAUCUUAAAUGCUUAAAGAGGCAUGCUAACGGGAAUUAUUUACUGACGUUCCAGCCGACGACGACAGUAGCUGGUAUAACUACUGACAUAAAGGGAAGAAGGGCCGUUACAGCUUGCGCUAAGAAGGUGAUACUUGCAAUUCCUAGACUGGCUUUGGAACAUCUGGACUGGGAGGGACUUCGACAGGAGACUGUUCAAGAUUACCUGAAACAUUCACUGAAGGAGAUAAAUGCCGGCAAAAUCUUUUUUGGUUACGAUCAACCUUGGUGGCGACAACUUCCCAAGGCCACUAAAUACGCUGUAUCGAUGACCCCGUUAAGCCAAACAUACGACUUCGGUGUAUCAAAAACAACAUCCAAAGGUGUUUUGAAUACUGCCUAUACAGACGGAGAUAACAGAAUAUGGCGGGAAGCACUAAGAUUUGGUGAUCUUGUACCAGGAGUUGGUGACAACUCUAUUGCUAUGACCAACCUUAGCGUGUAUCUGGCACGAAAGUUUUAUGCGGAAGUUUUCAACAUUCAACUAACCGAUGUACCGCAGCCAAAAUCUGCUGUAAUGAUCGUCUGGGACCAGUAUCCAAUCGGUGCUGCGUGGUACGCAUGGGCACCAGGAUACAAAUGGGAUGAAGUUGAGUCACGCAUGAUCAAGCCGUCUGCGAGCGAUGACGUAUACAUUGCGUCAAAUGUUUUCUCAAGUAAUGGGCGUACUGGAUGGAUACAGGGCGGAAUGGAAAUCGUUGAGAAAGUUCUAAACUAUUUUUGAUAAACGCUUGAAAUAUUCAAUUGUCACUUAAAAUAUACGUUAUUGUUUUUUUUCUUCUGAAAAUGAUAAAACAUGUACAUUUUAGUCCGAUUUAAAAAAUUAAUGUUUCAUAUAACUUUUUAAGUACCCACUUACGUCUCAUUGAUACUGUUACUUUUAAAUGUUGUUUUGAUUAAAAAGUAUAAUUUAAAAGAACAAAUAAAUCUUAUUCAUCAAUU